AUGAAUAACAAAAAUCUUCAAAGCAACCUGCUGAUCACAGUCGACUGGAUGAGAUUUUAUAUGACCAAUAGACAGUUUUAUAAAAUCAAUAUUUCUUUCAAUCAAUUCAAUCGAAAUUUAGAUUUGGUUGUUUUCGGAACAAUUCUAACUUUACUAAUAAUUCAACUAGUCCUUGCAAAAUUGGAUUUGACAAGACAAAGAAUGAGCAGUUGGAUUAAAAAUGCAAUCCCUUUUUAUGAACUAUUUUUGAAAGGAAAAGAAAGUGGGAAAAUUAUUGAACAAGUGGUAUCAAUGGAAGCAUUGAAGUGUCCAAUAAUGUGGGCAGCUCAAAUGGAUGAUUGGGAAAGAUAA